GAGGCCAGUUGCCCUGUACAAGGCAGCUCCUGUAAUCCUAACCCCACCUAACCUCACACCCGUGAAUUUAUCCAACUUCUUGACUGUAUCUAUGGUAUUGGCACCCACAACAUGACUGCUAAGUCUGUUUCAUUCAUCCACCACUGAAUGGAGGAGGAGCAGGCAUUAAGAGGAUAGGGGAGGUAUGAAAUCCAUUCCUUUCCCUCUGCCCCCUUUAAUCACACACAUUUCCUUCUCCCAUACUUGUCACCCUGCCUUUUUCCGCCCUUUAGUUGGGGGCAUACGUUAUACCUGCAUGUGGCCUCGGUGCUCAUCCCCUUACACUCCGUUCAGUCACCCCUCAUGUAUUGCCCACUAACCCUCUUCUCAUUUUCUUUCCCCAAUACUACUUCCCUGUGUAAUCACUCCUGUUUCUUAUGAAAUGCUCCCACACAUAGACUCGUCUCCAAUAAGCCAAUGCUCUCCUCUUAAUGCCUCCCCUUCCUCUUAAUUCUCCCCCCGCUGAUGAACCUGUUUCUGCCCCGUGUCAAGGAGGUGAGGGCAGGCCAGCAGUAGUGAGCCAAGCGCCGCCCGAAUCACCUGUCUCUCCUCUCCUCACCCAGGGCACAGAUGUGGCGAGCUGUGGUGGUGGUGGUGGUGUGCAUGGGUCACAUUACUCAUGCUGAACCAAUAAGGCACCCGGAUGACCCUGCAGCUUCCACUGAGCAAUAUGAGCAACUGAGUACCACACCAAUUAUUGAAGAGACGGAUGAGCCAUAUGGUGCAGCAGAAACCAAGAAGCCAGAUGAGCCACUUGGCCCUACUAUCCUCCUGAGGCCAUAUGAGCUUCGCAGUGGCACCCUGGGCCAAAAAGAGCCAGCGGAGGAUGGCCAGUUGAGGGCACAGCAGAAGGGCCCUGAGCAAAUUACCUCGUCUGGUGAUGAUGAUAACCCAAGCUCUAUUUCUUCUAAGCCACAAGGUACUGGAAUCGCCGCGGCUCAAUAUGGUAUGUGGUCAGGAACGUUUUUAAAACUCAAGUACCCUGACCACUCCGUUGUGCUCCCCCUCACACGGGUUGCUCUAGAAAAAUGUAUGAGACCCGGGCCAUUCCCCAACCCAGAGAACUGCCGAUACUUCAAUUUCUGUGUGCCAUAUGCAUACGACCACAAUGAGUACUGGCAGACCCAACACAUCUGUGACCCUGCCUACAUCUUUGACGACUUCCAGAAAAACUGUGUUCCAGGAGACUGUCAGCCUGUGGUGCUGCACGACCCUCCUCCACCCGGCCCACCCGCACCGGACCUCCCAACACAUUCUUCCCCCCUGUCUGAAACGCCUGAGUGGUUCAACAAAAAUCCUUCCUGGUACAACGAGGCACCCUGGUGGUACCAUGUGCCCCCCCCCUGGUACCAAACCAAGCCCUCCUGGAUAGAAGGAUUAGCAGAACAGACAGGAGCAGACCUUUCUCUCGAGAAGCCAGGAGAGUUUAUCAAGAAUAUUGGGGUAGAUCAUGAUUCAUCUCACAAUGGUGAUGCAACCAAGAAUUUUACCUACUUUGAUGAUAAAAAUAUGAGCAUCCACAUCCCCAUCAAGAUCAUUCAGCAGUGAGUAGUGAGGCAUCAAUGACCUGCUGUCCUGACAAAGGGAAUUCACGCUACACUCACUCUAUUAGCACAAACGGCCAAACAAUUACUGCAGAAUCAAAGCACACUUAAUUCAUAUGUGCAAAAAUGUUAUCUCUUUCACAUUUAAAAAGAGCAAUAAUAAAUAAUAUAUAUAUAUGGGUUAUGGGGAACCACUACUACUGGACAGGGUGUGUUCCAAGAAAAUGGCUGAAUAAUAAAACUGUCAAAUAACAAACCUAUUUUUCCCAUAGGAUUUUAUAGAAAUAGGAAGAGUUAGGCUCCUCACCACCUUAAUAUAAGAAAAUUUCAAAAAAAGGAAAAAUGCCAGUUUUCAUGAAUGCUUCAGGGAGCUCCUGGGAGGGCCAGCCACUGAAACUGCAAACAGGCAUGCAGCUGGACUGUCGCCUCAACAGGGUUACCAAGGUCACACUUUUCUCACCUGAUUGUGCAUUUUCCCACGAGGUUCCAAGAAAAUAUUUGGACAUUGCUGGUUGCUUGCUUUGUAUUCAGCAGAGUUUUCUACUUUUAACAGAUGAUAUUCUGUAGUAUAUUAGAUUCAAAGUUGUUUUCAUGAUCUUGAGCUACAUUUAGCUAUUUUGGGCAUAGAAAUUUUUUAGUAACUUCAUCAGUGAUUUGACAACUGAAAUGGUCAAAGCAGCCUUUAAUCACCUUAAAUGUUUCUUUUGUUGCCAUCAAGGUGGAAGCUUUGUGUCUGUUUGUGUCUACUGGAUGAGAUGGCAGACAACAGUUUUGGCUGAUGGCACCAUUACAGGCUGGCAUCUCUCUGGAGCAUGUGCAUGAUCAUUACAGCCCCACAGUUGCAACACAGCCAUCUGAGACACACACGCACCCACCCACGUUCCCCUCACCCCUAGUCAGCAUCAGUGACAAGUCGCUGAAGUAGUAGGAGGCAUACACUAAAGCUGCAUGUGGCCUUGAUGCUUGCUUUGUCAUGUUGGGCCUUGAGCCUGUGGCAGAAAAUUUACCCACACCCCAGGACACAUAGCCAGUGUGACAUCCUGGUUGUUACAGAUUUACCUUCCCUAGGUUUCCCUAAGUAUCCAUUUAUCAACCAAUCAAAAAGGGAAGGUAAAGAGCUGGGUGGGCUGUGCAACGAGUGCCUGGCCCUGGGUUCAAUCUCAGGCCCGUGAAUUCGUAGCUAGCCAUGCUAACCAUUUCACCACGGAGGUGCCGACAGUCAUUACUAAUACAUUAAUAUCAACUUUUUAUUGUGUACAUAUUACACUUCAAUCUACAGCCCAUCAUGUCUAGCAAGAGGAAGUCUACUUCAGCUGCUGGUCUAGCUAGCAAGAGGGGAAGGGAAGGGAAUACAAUAAAAAUUAUGUUACCUGGUGAAUUCUGAUCUACAUCAAAAUCAAGGUACAACUGGUCAAGAGUCAUACAGCACGGCAGCCACUUAGAGCAAAUUUGCCCAUGCCACUAACAGACUGUGGCCAUCCACUGGCCCCAACAAUAAAACCUACUAGUAUUAUGGGUAGAAAAAAGACCAGAUGGUCUAUUUAUAGUAGGUUUUGAUCGCUGCGUGAUACAUAAGCAAAAUAUCCCACUGAGAGCAAGAUAUUUGUCAUCAAGAAGUUCCCUCCCAGCCAAUGAGAUGGACUGAAACACAGGUGGGUGGGAAGGCUGA